GAUGAUGCUUGGGAACCUCAGUGAAGUGAGUGAAUUCAAACUCCUGGGUUUUGCUGAAAUCUCUCACUUGCAGCCUUUGCUCUUUGUAGUUUUAUUAUCUCUUUAUAUUCUCACCUUGAUGGCAAACACAGUGAUAGCUUUSCUGAUAACUGCUGAUAACACCCUUCACACCCCCAUGUAUUUCUUCCUCACUCAGCUGUCCUGUUUGGAUAUCUGCUACUUGUCAGUCAUUAUCCCAACCAUCCUGGAGAACCUGAUGGUGGGAACUGUAGGUAUUUCCAARGCAAGGUGUGCAAUGCAAAUGUUUUUCUUCCUUUUCUUCGGAGUUGCUGAAUGCUUUCUCCUGGCUGCCAUGUCCCUGGAUCGUUUUAUUGCCAUUUGCUACCCCUUGCAUUACACAAUUCUCAUGAGCAGCAGCCUCUGCAAAAGCCUGGUGGCUGCAAGUUACAUUUGUGGCACUGGUGUGGGCUUGGUGCACACCACCACCACCUUCAGCUCACCUUUGUGUGGUUCUGCCAUCAACCACUUCUUCUGUGAGAUCCAACCCCUCCUGGAGCUGCUCUGCGGUGACACUGCCCCAAGGGACACCCAGGUCAUUGUGGUGGCUGUUUUUGCCAUUCUCAGUCCUUUCCURCUGGUCAUUUAUUCCUAUUUUCGUAUCAUUUCCACCAUUCUUGGGAUGCCAUCAGCUGAGAGCCAGCAGAAAGCCUUCUCCACCUGCUCCUCUCAUCUCUUGGUUGUGACUCUUUUUUAUGGAGCUGCGGGCUCCAUGUAUUUGAGGCCAAAAUACAGCUACUGUGCCUCUGUGGAUAAAUUCCUCUCACUUUCUUAYUCUGUGGUCACUCCUUUAUUGAAUCCUAUCAUUUACAGUUUGAGGAAUAAGGAGGUAAAAGAAGCUCUGAGAAAAAAAUGGAGAAAAAUUAAUUUAGUGUGGAAAUGA